AUGAGUGAUUGGCUGCAUUGCAAUAAUUGCUUUCAUUUGCCGGGACAAAAGAACGAGAAUCUUCCAUUUUUCUUCACGUCUUGCGGACAUCUGAUUUGUCGCAAAUGUCUUUCGACAACAGCAUCAGUCGGUGUUUGUCGUAUUUGUCAAAAAAGGGCAUCCAUUAUUGAAAUAAAUCGAAAUCUUCGAGCCGAUCUUCAGAUGUAUUUUCGAAAUCCAAAAGAUCUUCUAGAGCAAUACGUAAAAAAUCUUAAUGUAGUGCUUGAGUUUCAAGGUGGACAUCGAAACCGACUUGCGAAAGCACUUCAAGAACAAGUAGGUAAUUUUUUACUAAUUCAGAUAGGCGUUCUAUAG